AGCCUGCCGCCCAACUUCUGGAGCUGGCUCGCAGCCCUCUCAAGUCUCCUCUGUCAGCUCCACGCCCCAGCAUCGACUGCCUGCAGGGUCCCAGCAGUGAUCCCGCCCUGUGCACACAUGACUUCUGAGCUCUGCUGCCUGCAAUGGUCACCAUGGGCCAGUGUUACUACAAUGAGACCAUCGGCUUCUUUUACAACAACAGUGGCAAGGAGCUGAGCUCCCACUGGCGGCCUAAGGAUGUGGUGGUGGUGGCGCUGGGGCUGACUGUCAGCGUGCUGGUGCUGCUGACCAACCUGCUGAUCAUCGCAGCCAUCACCUCCAACCGCCGCUUCCACCAGCCUAUUUACUACCUGCUCGGCAACCUGGCUGCGGCCGACCUCUUCGCCGGCGUGGCCUACCUCUUCCUCAUGUUCCACACCGGCCCACGCACAGCCCAGCUCUCUCUCUUGGGCUGGUUUGUGCGGCAGGGUCUGCUGGACACAAGCCUGACUGCAUCGGUGGCCACGCUGCUGGCCAUCGCCGUGGAACGGCACCAGAGCGUGAUGGCUGUGCAGCUGCACAGCCGCAUGCCCCGCGGCCGGGUGGUCAUGCUCAUCGUGGGAGUGUGGGUAGCCGCGCUGGGUCUGGGGCUGCUGCCCGCCCACUCCUGGCACUGCCUCUGUGCCCUGGACAGCUGCUCACGCAUGGCCCCCCUGCUCAGCCGCUCCUACCUGGCCGUCUGGGCCCUGUCCAGCCUGCUCGUCUUCCUACUCAUGGUAGCUGUCUACACCCGCAUUUUCUUCUAUGUUCAUGGGCGCGUGCAGCGCAUGGCAGGGCAUGUCAGCUGCCACCCCCGCUACCGCGAGACCACGCUCAGCCUGGUCAAGACUGUUGUCAUCAUCCUGGGGGCGUUUGUGGUCUGCUGGACGCCAGGCCAGGUGGUCCUGCUCCUGGAUGGCCUGGACUGCAAGUCUUGCAACGUCCUGGCUGUGGAGAAGUAUUUCCUACUCUUGGCCGAGGCCAACUCACUGGUCAAUGCUGUGGUGUACUCCUGCCGCGAUGCGGAGAUGCGCCGCACCUUCCGCCGCCUCCUCUGCUGUCUGUGCCUCCACCGCUCCACCCGUGAGUCUCCCCACUACACACCCUCCACGCAGACAGGCACCAACACUCGCAUCAUGCUUUCUAAGAACGGCCACUCCCUGAUGGACUCCACCCUUUAACCAACCUUGGACUUCAGCGGGACGCACCAAGGGCGAGAUUGCACCCCUGACCACUCGAGGAUGUACCUGGUUCAACCCAACCGGAGGGACAGAAUUAAAGGCAGACCCUUGGGCUGGAUGACGCCACUGUCAGGCAGGCCCCCCCCACACACACACAGCUCUGCCUGCUUCGGGGCCUCGGGGUAUGUGGUCACCUCCAGUGCCCUGGAGAGUGUCCGAAGGGGUUCAGGAAUCUGGCUCUUCAAUCAUCUCAGGCUGUGGGGUUUUUAACGGACAUUUUUCUGUAUGUUUGUUUUGGGGUUUGUUUUUUUUUUUCACUUUUCUGUUUUUAAUGCACAUCCCUGGCGAACCCUGUGGCUUGCUUCUUUGUGCGUGUUGGUGUGUGUUAAAGGUGGGAGAGAAGAGGACUCUCUCAGGCCACGCUGCCAAAAAUGACAGGGACGGACCAUGGCUGCACCAUCUGCCAGAAGCUGAUUCUUCAGUGGCACAGGCUGAGGGGUGCUGAGCGAGAGCUGGGAAAGGUGUGUGGCCCUGUGGGGCUUGCCUGUCCCUGUUA